ACCUCUGGAAGAGGAUGAUGCGUGCUCGAGGCAAAGACCUCUCCGACACCAACAUUGCUCCAGCAAUGAAACAUCCCGAGGUCGUUGAGAUAUAUGCUGUGCGCGGGUUCCAGGGAUAUGUCGCAAUGAAGCGGGUACGCAAAACAAAGCCAUUGGCGGUGACGGGCAGUGUUCCUCCCUCAGAUGCCAACUCGUCACACCUCGCAUCAUCGUUGCAAGUAGUCUCUGCACAUGCAGGGCCAUCAUCGCAUGCCGUGGUCGCCAAUGGAGCUCAAAUUUCGCAAGCUACUGGGGGCUCAUCAUCGCACGCCGUAGCCGUCAAUGCAGCUCAAUCUUCACAAGCCAUUGGAGGUCCAUCAUCGCACGCGUCCCCAUCGCACUUUGUGACCAACUACCACACCAAUCACGACUCAGAUUCACGUUCGAGCAUCGAAGGCUCCUGCAACAGGUUUCUUGAUAGGAUUUGUUUUCCCUUUGGACGCUACC